AUGGCGGCAUUCGCGGAGGUGGGCUUGAUGCCUGAGCUGAUCAGGGCGGUUGAGGACCUGGGAUGGAUGCUGCCCACUCCCAUACAAUCCGAAUCCGUGCCUCUGAUUCUCGGGGGAGGGGACAUCAUGGCGGCUGCCGAGACUGGGAGUGGAAAAACUGGGGCUUUUGCAUUGCCCAUUCUUCAGAUCGUUCAUGAGGCGCUUAGAAAGUCUGCAUCGGCUGGAAAAGGGGUAUCACAAUCAAAUGGAAGCAGCCAACAAAAUGUCAGGUGCCAGCUGAAUGUCCAAGACAGGGAUGCAGUAUUCGCCAUAUCGCCAGAUGGGUUGAGGUGCCAGAGCCGGGCUCCUCAGAGCUGGGCAGGGUGCAGAGCGACGGUUGGAGUGUUUGCUGGGAAGGUGUACUAUGAGGCAAAGGUCACUGAUGAAGGGCUGUGUCGAAUUGGCUGGUCAACUCAAGCGAGCAAACUCGAUGGCUUGGGCUUCGAUGCUCAGAGCUUCGGCUAUGGUGGAACUGGGAAGAAAUCGCACAAACGCCGGUUUGACGACUAUGGGGAGUUGUACGGUUUAGGGGACACGAUCGGGUGCAUGUUUGAUUCUGAGACCAUGCAGGUGUCCUAUUCCAAGAACGGGCAGGAUCUUGGGGUUGCCUUCUCUGUCACCCAAAAUCUGCAGGGACAGGUGUUUUAUCCCACCAUCUGCUUGAAGAAUGCAGAGAUGGCAGUGAACUUUGGAGAAACUGCCUUUGAAUACGAUCCGCCCCCUGGCUUUGUCGGCAUCGCCAAGGCCCCCCCCAGCACAACGGCAACAGCCAUGGACCCUCCACGUUCAGCUCAUGGUGGUGAACGUCGACCUCUGUGCAUCAUCCUUGAGCCAGCACGCGACCUGGCAGAGCAAACCCACGACUGCAUCACUGAUUUUGGAAAGUAUUUGAAGGCACCCACUGUGGCCAAUGCUCUGUUUGUUGGGGGCGUGGACGCCAAGGCACAGGCCAGGGCCCUAAGGGAGGGGGUGGACAUUGUCACUGGGACACCAGGCAGGAUAACUGAUUUCAUCAACAGCGGAAAGCUGUCAGUGGACAAGGUCCGCUUUUUUGUCCUUGAUGAGGCAGAUCGUCUGUUGGACACUGGCAACCAGCCUGCAAUCAUGCAGCUUUUCCGGCAGUUCCCAAAGAGCGGCAAGGGAAUGGACAGGCUGCAGGUGCUGAUGUUCUCUGCAACUCUGCACUCUGAGGAAGUCAAGCAGCUGUCAUCUCAGAUCUGCCAAAACCCCAUCGUGAUCGAUCUCAAAGGGAAGGGCUCGGUACCAGACACUGUGGACCACGUGAUUGUCAGGGCUGACCCUCACGAAGACAGGACAUGGCUGCAGACAGCACCAAAGGUUCCAACGGACAACGUGCAUGUCCUGGACAGCAUUGGACCCAACGUAAGCACAAAGGAGUGCUACUCCGAGGCCGUGAAGCGCUUGAAGCCGAGGAUACUCCGGCGCAUCAUCGAUGCGCACAAGAUGGACCAGUGCCUCAUAUUUUGCCGCACCAAUUUCGACUGCGACAAUCUGGAGACGUUCUUGAAUCAGCUGGGCGGGGGACAGGGCUUCAGGGGAAGGAGGGAACACGGGAAAGAGAAUCCCUAUUCUUGUGCAGUCCUUGCAGGCGCCAGGAACAUGCACGAACGAAGAAUGGCCCUUGAGUGCUUCAAGGCUGGCGAGGUUCGUUUCCUGAUAUGCACCGACGUCGCGGCCCGAGGGAUAGACAUCAGGGAGCUGCCCUACGUCAUCAACAUGACGCUGCCCGACAGGUCGGAGGACUACAUCCACAGGGUGGGGCGCGUGGGGCGCGCGGACACCAUGGGCCUGGCCAUCUCCAUCGUGUCCACAGUCCCAGAGAAGGUGUGGUACUGCAGCGUGAAGGGGUACCGACCGUGGCUGGAGCCUGAUGCGGAGAACACGCGGACGAACAAGGAAGGAGGGCACACAGUGUGGUACGACGAGUCGCAGUACUUGAAGGACAUAGAAGCCAGGAUCGGCCACCCCAUAGACACGUUGGGCCCCGACAUGAGCCUGCCCGCCAGCAUUCAGGCACGCUCCACCGUCGCGUACGGCCAACAGAGAGGCGGUGGGGACACGUCGCAAGCGGCAGAGCACAUGCAGCAAAUUCGCCAGAGUGUGGAACAACUGGCCCGGCUCGAGUGGGAGGCGCAGACCUCAUUUUUGACGCUGGGGCGAAAAUUCGGCACCGCGAGAUAG